GAUCCGCGGCGGGAGAAAGAGAGAAAGGGAGGCAGGACAAGACGCCGCCGCCGCCGCCGCCGCCGCCGCGCUUCCCAACCCCCCACUGGAGAAAGGAGGCGAUCCGCAGCCGCGAGAGGACCGGAUCCCGCUCUGGCUGAGCGCAGCGAAUGCGGCUCCUUUCUACGCUCCGCCCGCUCGAUCUUCAGCGAAGGGAUAGCGUCCCCCGCACCCACCCCCAGCGGCGUGCUUAAUGGGCGGUAGCGCGGGCUGGCGAGGGACCCGCAGGAGCCGUUCGCCGGUUCCUCCCAGUCCCGGCCCCCGCGGCCAGAAAGAGAUCGUUUAGAUCCGAUCGCCAGGCUCUCGGGUCCCGUGGCCCUAUAGACCCGGGCGGGCUGGUCGAGCCAGCCGGCGAUCGGCGGCGGAAGAAACGGCACCCGCGUGUCCGGGAAGAAGCGGGCGCGGCGAAAGAGACGCAGGAAGGUUUUUAAGGGCAACGUGGAAAAAAGGGGGAGCGCUGGGUGUGGCGGCCGAGGCGGGCUGGCUUGGGAAGCGAGGCGAAGCGAAGGUGGGCGGGCGGGCGACCCUCGGGUCCCCCGGGGAUCUCGCCGCUUCUAAGAGCUGUUAACACCUAUGCGUGACUUAGCCGAGGAUCCCGCAGGCGAGCCUUCCGUCCAUCUGCCCGGCCGGCUUACGAAACCGCGGAUCGUGCCCCGGGCGCCGCCUCCCCGGCUCCCCUCUAUGUGAGGUUGCCUUUCCUCCUCCUCCUCCUCCUCCUGCUGGAUGGCGAUUGACCGGCGCCGAGAGGAGGGUGGCGGAGGGGACCGGCCCCUCCCCGAAGAAAACGGCUCUCUGCCUGGCGGGGAGGCGGACCCUGCCGCUGCAGCUUCGGCCGCACCCCCUGCAGGGGGUCUCUCGGCGGAGAUCCAAAGCCUGCCUCUUCCCACGCCUCCCUCCGGGUCCUGCAGCCCCCUGCUUCUGGAUUACGAUGGCUCCGUGCUGCCCUUCCUGGGGGGGCUGGGCGGUGGGCACCAGAAAACCCUCAUCUUCCUCACCUGGAUCCCCGCGCUUUUCAUCGGCUUCAGCCAGUUCUCGGACAGUUUCCUCUUGGUGCAGCCCAUCUCUUGGUGCAAGGGGACGGAUGGGCAGAGCAACUGGACCGAGUUUCCACCGCAGGUAACACCCAGGGGGCUCACCACCAGCCCCGACUAUAACCACAGCAGCAACAGCUACAGUAGGGGGAUCCUGGCCGCCCCAGAACUGCCCACUCCUGAGGGGAAGAAUGACAGUUACUGCCACUGCAGUGAGAGGUACCAUCGGAUCCCUGCAGGCCUGCAGCAGAAUAUCGUGAGCAAGUGGGAUCUGGUCUGUGACUCUGCCUGGAAAGUUCACAUUGCGAAGUUUUCUCUGCUUGUAGGAUUAAUCUUUGGCUACCUAAUAACAGGAUGUAUAGCCGAUUGGGCUGGUCGUCGUCCAGUGCUGCUCUUCUCAGUGUUGUUCAUCUUAAUAUUUGGACUGACAGUGGCCCUCUCAGUGAAUGUGACCAUGUUCAGCACACUCAGGUUUUUUGAAGGGUUUUGCCUGGCUGGAAUAACCCUUUCCUUGUAUGCACUACGGAUAGAGCUCUGCCCUCCUAACCAACGUUUCAUGAUCACAAUGAUAGCAAGCUUUGUAGCAAUGGCAGGACAGUUCCUGAUGCCAGGGUUGGCUGCCCUCUGCAAGGACUGGCAAAUUCUCCAAGCCGUGAUCAUCUGCCCUUUCCUGCUGAUGUUACUGUACUGGUUUAUUUUCCCAGAAUCUCUUCGCUGGCUGAUGGCCACACAGCAGUUUGAAGCUGCAAAGAAGCUCAUCCUUCGUCUGACUCACAGGAAUAGGAUGAGCACAGAGUGUGAUAUUAAGGGAGUGAUGACUGGCCACAGGUGGUUGCCCACAGCUCUGUCAGGAAGUGAAGAAAAGGACAGCAUGUCAUGGAGCUCUAAUGGCUUUGUUGUCAGAAAGUGCCAGAUGGGGGAUAUGGGAAGCAGCCAAGCUGGAGAACUAGAGAAAGAGCUUGCCAGGAGACCAAAAAAAGUCUGCAUUGUUAAAGUGGUGGGAACAAGGAACCUGUGGAAAAACAUUGUUGUGCUCUGCAUCAAUUCGCUGACUGGAUAUGGAAUACACCACUGCUUUGCAAAGAGUAUGAUGGGUCAUGAAGAUAUGAUGUCCUUUACCAACAAUUUUUAUGCAGACUAUUACACCAUGGCCAGCAUCACUCUGGUGUCCUGCCUGGCUAUGUGCCCAGUGGUUGGUUUUCUCGGAAGAAGAGGGGGUCUCCUGCUCUUCAUGAUCCUCACUGCUCUGGCUUCUCUUUUACAACUGGGCCUUCUCAACUUGAUAGGAAAAUACAGUCAACUUCCAGAUUCAGGUAUGAGUGACACCGUAAAGGACAAAUUCUCCAUUGCGUUUUCCAUCGUGGGGAUGUUUUCAUCGCACGCAGUUGGAAGUCUGAGUGUAUUCUUCUGUGCAGAGAUCACCCCAACAGUAAUAAGGGGUGGCGGCCUUGGCCUCGUCCUGGCUAGUGCAGGCUUUGGGAUGCUGACAGCACCCAUCAUGGAACUUCACAACCAGAAAGGCUACUUCCUCCACCAUGUGAUUUUUGCUUGUUGCACCCUCAUCUGCAUCAUCUGCAUUCUCCUCUUGCCAGAGAGCAAAAACCAGAACCUGCCAGAGAACAUUCCAGAUGGUGAACAUUAUACCCGGCAGCCUCUCAUACCGCAUAAGAAGGGGGAGCAGCCCCUGCUGCUGACGAACUCUGAACUUAAAGAUUACUCUGGCCUCCAUGGUUCGGCAACAGUGAAUGAUGGGGUGACCGAGACCGUCACUGCCAACGGGAUGAAAGCAAUGUAGGAGGAGGAGGAGGAGGAGGAGGAGCAUUUAGCUGUGGGUUUGCUUCUCGUCCAAGAUUUACAAACCAUUGAGAAGAAGGGAUGGAUAUACAGGGAAAUUAGACUCUGCUGCUAAAGCCACUUCUAGAAAUCUGUGAUGGGGAUACAAAUUGCUUUGAGGCACAGUAAUGGGGGGAAAUGCAUCUUCAGAAAAACUGGCUGGAGAUCACUGUCCAUUUAUAUUUUUUUUCCUGCCAUGAAAUAGUUCUAUUUAUUUUGUUGAUUUUCCCCAUGAAAGCACUUUAUUCUGUUCUUCUUCUCUUGUUGACCAUAAACAUGAAGCCAUGUUACUCUCAAGAAAAGCAUCCAUUCCAAGAAAGAAAUCAUGAGGUGGUAUGGUUUUGGUUUCAUUCUAUUGUUUAUUUUUGUGUUUUUACUAGGGGUAUGAGGCAUCUCUUAUUGCAACAAUGAAUUUUUUGGCUACUGACAUUUUGAAUCAUCUUUUUUUUUCCCUUGAUCUCUCCAGAUAAUUAAUAUUUCCUCCUUCCAACUUCCUAGUCCCAUUUACUGUGAAAGUGUGCUAAAUUCCAACUGUGUUUUAAGUAGCAGAAAGAAAAGUCUGGAUCAGAAGCCCUAGGGUAUUUUUAACAGCUCUUAAUUUAGAAGUUGAAGAAUCCACAUGUAAAUUGCUGUUUACAGUAAAAAUAAAAAGCACUGCACAAGGAGGUAAUUUUUUUCCAAGAAGAAGUUAAAUGGAUAAGAAGGGUUUUUAAGUGGGAAAGAUUUUUAUUGAUGAUUCUUUCAAGUGUCUGCUAAUUAAAAAUAAGCCAUUUCAAAAAGCCCUACUCGAAAACAAACACUAUCAAGAAUUAUUUUUUAACUUCAAAAGAAAGAAGAGGUAAUGCUUUUUAAAAAAUUACCUCCAAGCUGAGAAGGGGAGAAAUAAUGGCAAAAUAGUUACUGGUUGUCCCAGAAGCCAUGGGCUGGAAUUCUUGUUAGCCCCAACAUCAUCAUCCUUGUUCUAAGGAAUGUUUGAUUCUGAUGGAUGAGUGCAAUGACGUAAAGAUCAAGUUUAGGGGGGGAAAUACAGGCAAAAAUGGGAAGCAACUGAUUGAAAAGGCCCCUUUAAGAAGAUUUUGGAGCACCCUCCAUGUGACAUCCGAAGUAAUUAUUUUUCUAGGUUGCAUAUAUUGUCAGCCAGCUGCCCUUUUUACUAUUGAAACCUUACAAAAUGGCUGCCAUAAGUGCACCAACACAAAAUCCAAAGUGCUCUUGUAGGAUUCUUCGUGGUUUUUUUUUUACCCUACAAUAAAUAACAGCCAAGACCCAUAUGAUCACUGGGGCUGAAAAUUCUUAACUCCCUGGUCCUAAGUAAACCUGAAGGUAACUGCUCUUGAAACUCAGCUGCUUCUGCAUCAGCUGUGUUUAAGAGCAGGAAGCUAAUAAAACAGAACAUCUCUUCCUUCCUCUUCCCCACAGAUUCAUCAAUAAUAUCUGCUGGCAAUUUAAAUCUCUGCUCUUGCUCAAGCCUUGGCUGAUUUCAGCAGUGUUUUUUACGCAAGAGUCAUCCAAAGUCAGCUUCAUGCAAGAAGGUCUGAAGUUGUGGCUAGUUAAAACUAUUCCUAUUCCCUUUUCUUUACUAACAUCGCCAUCAUGAGACUGAUUGUCCAACAGGACUGCCACUUAAAUCAACGCAGCAGCCAAGUGGUGAUGUGUAGAGCUGUUCACUUGGUGGUCAUUUUGUUUGAUGUAUAUUUUGCAUUUGUGGGUAAAGUGUUAGGGACCCACUUUUGUGCACCCUUCCUUGUUAUGCCCCUUCUUUCUUUCUUUCUUUCUGUAUAUUGUCUGUUGACUUCGCUGUGUAUCUUCUUACUUCUCCUGUCAGACUUGUUUUGUGUAGAUCAGAGGUGGGGAAAGAUGGCCCCUUUAUGACUUGUGGACUUCAACUCCCAGAAUUCCUGAGCCAGCCUGGCCUGGCUCAGGAAUUCUGGGUGUUGAAGUCCACAAGUCAUAAAGGGACCAUUGUUAUCCAUCCCUGAUGUAGAUAUAGACCUGCAUCCAGUAGCAAGUAUCAUACAACCUCCAAUGUUGAUGGGCAAAAUGGUUCCGCAGAAGAGUUGAGACUUUUGAAAUACUUGAAAAGAGAAAUGAUGUCAUAAAGCUGCUAACUCUCAUACACGGAAUGAAAAGCAUGGGGAAAUCCUUUGCAAACUCUGAUGAGGAGGGAAACAUAAAGCAGCUGGGUUGUUCAGCUUCAGGACUGUGGGUUUCCCCCCUCAGCUGCCACUGCUGUGUUCACCUCAGUAGAACUUCUUUUUCCAGCCCCCCCCCCUUUUUUUUUUUUUGCACACUCUAGUAAACUGUCUGGUUUUAACAACAUGACCACCACUCCUCCAUUAAUCUCUUUUGACAUCACAUUCAAACAAUAAGGCCCUUUGAAUUGUGCAGUAUUCAUGUGCCAAAUUUGUGUGACGCCUUUUGCCUUUUAUAUGAUGCUUGUUAUUAAGUGAUAUAUCAGGAACAGCGAGUUUCUAGUAUAAAUUUAUUUUUCAGUGGAGUGGAGCCUUGUGUUUUUUGGGGGGAGGGGGAUUUAUUAUUGACAUCCAGGCUCCAAGUAGACACAGAGCACUUUUGCAGUCUGUAUGCUGUGGAGUAGCUUUUUUUAAUUCCCCACUCCUGUACAUAUAGUCUUUACUACAACCAUGCACUAACAUAGGGAAUUUCUUGCAUUUUACCAUGGUUCAGAGCCCCCGUUGUGUUCAUUCUGUCACCUACAAUCCUCACCACUUUCUGAUGUGACGCUCCUUAACUUUACAAACAAGCAGAGAAAGAGAGCAAGCGGUUGGAGAUUGUAUAUCGUAAGAAGAGAGGAGCACUUGGUGAUUUAAAACAAAAAAAGAUUUGUUUUUCAAGAUGUGCAUUUUUAUUAUUUUGAUCUGAAUCUGGUAUUUGGAAUUAAUGUGUUGUUAUUCGUGCCCAACUUUCCUUGUAAUUUGCCUCACUGAAGACCGUCAGUUGAGUCCUCACAGCAUUUUUGUUGAAGACGGUUUAGUAGAACAUGUUUCUAAUAAAUUAUGUUGCACGCCUAAAUUUAAAUUAUUUUUUGAUGAAGUGGGCAUAAAAUUAUCCGCUGGACCACAGGAUUCUACUGAAUGUGCUCAAGUGCAACCCUAGAUUCUGAAGGCUAUUCAUAGAGCUCGACCUACCUGAACUUUGAUCCAUUUUCAAGGACUCACAGAAGUUUGUUACAGUUGUGGUGUGGUGGGUCUCUGCUGCUAUCUCCUCCAAUAAUAAGCUGCAUGUUGCUGGAGGCUUGCUCAUAGCAAACCAUUGGCAAUAUUUUUCCAUAGCAUCCCAUUCAAGUAUUCUUCUUAAGACUGGACUACUACAUACUUGGCCCCCAGGUUGCUUCUGGAAAAAUCAACUACUUAUUGCAGCCUAUCAAGCAUUUGGAUAGGUCUUCUGUUUUUUACAGCCUUAGCAUCGUCCAUGGCAGCGGUCCCUAAUAUAGAGCUGAUUGCACGCACACAACCAGAAGUCUGUAACUUUGACAAACUGUCAGGCAACCUCACAGGACUUGGCUAUAUUUAUUUAUUAGGCAUUAUUGAUGUUUUCGUUUUUCCAGUGUGUGAAACGUUGCAGAUAUGUGGUGUACAGCUUCAUUCUUCUUGUUAAAUCUGAAAAGCAGGUUUUAUGGUCUUUCUGCUCUUCAAAACUGAAUGGAGACCGGCAAGAAUGAGCCAUGUACCACAAGGAUCCAUUCACCACCCUACCCUUUUAGCACAACGUUGUCUUUAACCAGGUGGCGUCUGGGUUUUUCCCCCCCUGUUGUUUUGAACUGUAAGCCCAGUUUGAAUGUUCAAUUGGGACAGAAUGGCAAUACAUGUAUUAAAUCUUGUGUUUUUUUAAAAAAAAGAGUUAAAAAUAUUGUUCUCUAAUAGGAAAAGGUUGAUCAACAAGAACACCUUCACCCAUUGAAAAUGGGAAUGGGAGUGUGUCAUCUAGCCAUUCCUUUCAAAGGGUCUAGGUCCAGCAGAAGUGGUAGGAAACUUGUGUCUGCAAAUAUACUGCCACUACUGUGCUCAUUGUGUAAUGUGAGAAUGGCUUGAACGCUACAUUAAAAAUGAUCGUUAGAGACUGAUUGUGUACUCAAUGCCAUUUUGUCCUGUGGAGACCAAGCAACACCAGUGCCACUAUGGCCUUUCCCUGCAGCAGCCUUGAAGCUUAACCCUCUGCAGAACCACAGAAUAUGCUCUGUCAGAGAAAGCUUCUGCUGCAUCACCUACAAGCUGUUGCAAUGGGGUGUACAAAAAGGGGAGGGAUGCUCCCUAGUUGCACAGAUUUCAAGACCAGCUUUAGCACAAGAAUGCUUGAAAACUGACUGCUGCAGAACACAGAUAAAACCCUUGGUUCUUGCCAGAUAAAAAAAGAAUGGCAUAUCUUGUUUGGCAAUUUCAUAGAAAACCAAAGGAGAGUGAUCUUAAGAACCAUGACAGUCAGAUCUUCCAGCUAAGGAAGCCCUGGGAGGCUGCCUGGUCCUGGAAGAGAAAAAAAAAUCCUUAUAUUUAUCCAAACAGGGAGACCAUCAGUAUCUGUUCUGUCCACUUCCAAUUUUUCUACUCCUGCUUUCGGUAAUUUGAGUUCAGCCAUUUUUGGGGAGGUAUAUUUGAAAAUAAUUUAUUAGAAACCUUUUUUAACAGCAAGAAAGUUCAGAUCAAAAUUGAACAUUCCAAGACUUUCUGUGCCAUUUGGUAUCAAAACAUUUUGAAAAUGGUGCAGAGAACCUUGUUAUGGGUCAUUGUAAGAAUGAAUUCUUAAAGAGUAUUCUGAAUUGUUGGCUCGAUUUUGUUUUUUGUGGUGUUGUUUAAAUUACCAACUAUUUAUGUCGCCAGAUCCUAAAGCCAAACUAAAGAAGAAAAAAAGUCACCAAAUUCAGAAGUGCCAUUAAAAUGAACUCUGAAUGUCAUAUCAAGUUGCAUCUAUAGCUGGGACAGAAAGACAACAAGUGUUGAGUAUGUUUCACACUUGAUUUUUAAAAAAAUAAAGUUAACAAAACCUCAUUUUUUUCAAUGUACUGUGUGAAAAUCUUUUGGAACAGAGUAGUGUGCUAUGUCUGUAGUGGAUGACUUCCCCGCCCUUUCCCUCAAUUUCUGAUGAUGUUUUCUUGACUAAUCGUUGUUACUGUACUUUUUUUUUAUCAUGAGUAGUUGGUGCUUCUUCAUAGCACAAGCUUAACAAUCAACUACUGGAGAACAGUCUUAAAAGCUAAAUGUCUGCAUGAUGUUACACCCGUUGUACCUACUGAACAACUUUGUAUGUAAAUGUACAGGAAUAAAAGACGUUGCUCCAUUAUUGCUGGACUCAGUGUUCAUCUGUUUUAUUGGGAUUACCCCAUUUUGCAUUAUUACAGAUGCUGCUUUGUCCAUGUGCUGUGGAGCUGGCAGCGAAGCCGGACAGUGAGGAGGCUGGGGAGGACAAUGGGUCAGUCCUGGAGUCAGGGGAAGGCCCGGACGAGGGCUCUGCGUCGGAGGCAGAGAUGGGGCCAGGGCCAUCUGGGAGCAAUGCACAGAUUCCGGAGCCUCCAGAGGUGGACAGCAGAGAGGCAGAGGAACAGGAGGAGCCUGUCCCUAAUGCACACAUGAAAAGAGCUGUCAGAAGGCAAGAGCAGCUAAAGCAAAAAGGACAACUUGGGAGUAAGGCCAGGAGAUGAUUGACCCCUCCCAUAAGGCUUAAAAGAGCGGCUCUUGGGUUCUUUGUAGGAAAGCAACAUUUCUACAAUUGUUUCGUCUCCUGUUUCUGAACUUCAUGGGGUUCUUGCCAAGAAAAGCAGAGUGCCAAAGAAGACAAAGGUUUGUGAUAAGGCCGAAGGACUUUUUCUGGACUUAAUUUGGACUAAGCUGAGAAUGAAGUAAUUCUCAGCUGUUCUAAUAAA